AUGGAGCAGCUGUACGUGGAGGUCAGCUCUAUGAAGCAUGCAAUGCAGAUACAUGCUAAUGUGAGCAAAGAUCUUUGGUUUAUCCCUGAGAAGAUCGAUCGUCGAGUGUGUGCAUUGGAGCGCUCCGCUGACCUGACCGGGGACAAUGGUCCAGAUGUGUCGGUGGUGGUGGUUGGGGCCACUGUCAUGGGCACAAUGGAUGGAGCCGCCGGCCUAGUCGGCAUGGCAUCUGGGGCUGCACUGGUGGAAGCCCCAGGCCUGGGAGCAGAGGAGGGAUCUUCGGCAGUGGUCUCCGCUCUGGAAGUGGAGAAGGCUGAGGUAGCAGAGGGUCCUGGUGGAUUAACGUCUCUGCCAGGCACCUCAAUGUGGAACCUCCAGCAUUUCUUUGUUUCUGAAGAGAAGGUUCCCUCUGUGAAGCAGGAGUGGAGCCCCAGUCUGGACCAGGGGGAGCCAAAGCCCCCACACAUUAAAGAGGAGGAGGAGGAACUCUGGGGCAGUCAGGAGGAAGAGCAGCUUGAAGGACUGGAGGAGAAGGCUGACAUUACCGAGCUGUCAUUUCCUCAUGUACCUGUAAGGAGAGAAAAUGAUGAAGAGAAAGCUCAAUCCUCUCAGUGUCAUCAAAGCCAAACUGAAGAGAAAAGGGAGGCAGAGCCUCCAGCCAGCACGUCAACUGAGCAUAUGAAACCAGAAAGUGAUGGAGAGGACUUAGGGCCAAUAGAAACAGCCAGUAACCUCGAUCAAGAUGGUGAUUUACAACCAACUAGUGAUGGAUAUCUCUCAUCAGACUAUUGUGAAAGUGAGACUGAAGAUGAUGAUGAUGGUCGGAACAAGACUAGAGAACCUCACUCAGGUUUGGACACAACAGAGAACAAUGAAAUCAGUAAUGAGCAAUCUGCUGAAAAUAAACCCUACAGUUGCUCAGUCUGUGGUAAAGGGUUUUUUCAUAAACACAUUAUGCAAACACACAUGACAGUACAUACAGGAAAGAAGCCUUUCAGUUGCUCAUUCUGUGGUAAAGAGUUUUCUGAAAGAGGAAAUAUGAAGAAACAUAUGAUAAUGCAUACAGGAGAGAUACCUUUCAGUUGCUCAGUCUGUGGUAAAGGGUUUUCUCAAAGAGGACAUAUGCAGGCACACAUGAUAAUACAUACAGGAGAGAAACCCUUCAGUUGCCCAGUCUGUGGUAAAGGGUUUUCUCAAGGAGGAAGUAUGCAGAGACACAUGAUAAUACAUACAGAAGAUAAACCUUUCAGUUGCCCAGUCUGUGGUAAAGGGUUUUCUCAAAGAGGACAUGUGCAGUCACACAUGAGAAUACAUACAGGAGAGAAACCCUUCAGUUGCCCAGUCUGUGGUAAAGGGUUUUCUCAAGGAGGAAGUAUGCAGAGGCACAUGAUAAUACAUUCAGGAGAGAAACCCUUCAGUUGCUCAGUCUGUGGUAAAGGGUUUUCUGAAAGAGGAAGUAUGCAGAGACACACGAUAAUACAUACAGGCGAUAAACCCUUCAGUUGCUCCGUGUGUGGUAAAGGGUUUUCUGAAAGAGGAAACAUGCAGAGACACAUCAGAAUACAUACAGAAGAUAAACCUUUCAGUUGCCCAGUCUGUGGUAAAGGGUUUUCUCAAAGAGGACAUGUGCAGUCACACAUGAGAAUACAUACGGGAGAGAAACCUUUCAGUUGCCCAGUCUGUGGUAAAGGGUUUUCUCAAAGAGGACAUGUGCAGUCACACAUGAGAAUACAUACAGGAGAGAAACCCUUCAGUUGCCCAGUCUGUAGUAAAGUGUUUUCUCAAGGAGGAAGUAUGCAGAGGCACAUGAUAAUACAUUCAGGAGAGAAACCCUUCAGUUGCUCAGUCUGUGGUAAAGGGUUUUCUGAAAGAGGAAGUAUGCAGAGACACACGAUAAUACAUACAGGAGAUAAACCCUUCAGUUGCUCCGUGUGUGGUAAAGGGUUUUCUGAAAGAGGAAACAUGCAGAGACACAUCAGAAUACAUACAGGAGAGAAACCUUUCAGUUGCUCAGACUGUGGUAAAGCAUUUUCUCAUAAACAUAUAAUGCAGUCACACAUGCGACUACAUACAGGAGAGAAACCUUUCAGUUGCUCAGUCUGUGGUAAAGGGUUUUCUGAACGAGGAAGUAUGCAGAGGCACAUGAUAAUACAUACAGGAGAGAAACCUUUCAGUUGCUCAGUCUGUGGUAAACGGUUUUCUCAAAGAGGGCAUAUGCAGUCACACAUGAGAAUACAUACGGGAGAGAAACCCUUCAGUUGCCCAGUCUGUGGUAAAGGGUUUUCUGAAAGAGGAAGUAUGCAGAGACACAUGAUAAUACAUACAGGAGAUAAACCUUUCAGUUGCUCAGUCUGUGGUAAAGGGUUUUCUCAAAGAGGAAACGUGCAGAGACACAUCCGAAUACAUACGGAUGUGAUGGGAAUGGGAAGGGGGGUCAGGGACUUUUAA